CCAAGCGGCUCAGUAACAGCACUACUACCGCAGGCGUUUGUUUCUCUCAGUUUUUAAGUCUCCUCAGUAACUUGUUGUUAUAAAAUAGCACUUAACCACAUCUAUAAUUCGUGGAGGUGAUGGCCACUCCGGAGAACUUCCCCGGCGAGCCGGGAGACAGGCCAGAGCCCUCCUACCCCCGCGAUGGCAGCAGCCCGAGCACAGUGGACACCGACACCGCUGUCAUCUUGCUGGGAGCCGGAGUCACAGCCAUCACACACCCGCUGCUCUACGUCAAACUGCUCAUUCAGGUUGGCCAUGAGCCCCUCCCCCCUACAGUGGGCACCACCAUGUUUGGGAGGAAAGUACUAUACCUGCCUGGAUUCUUCUCUUAUGCCCAGCAUAUAGUGUCUGUGGACGGCAAGAGGGGACUGUUCAGGGGUCUUUCUCCUCGCAUCAUGUCCAGUGCCAUCUCUACUGUGGUGAGAAGUAGAGUCAAACAGGCUAUGCCAGCACAAACUCCAGAGACCAUAGCCAACAGAGACGACCUGAAGAACUCACUCAGGAAAGUCAUGAGAGAGACGUCUCAGGAGAUGAUGGUCCAGUGUUUGUCGAGGAUAGCAACUCAUCCGUUUCAUGUGAUCUCAGUGCGCUGCAUGGCCCAGUUCGUGGGGAGGGAGGUCAAGUACAGAGGUCUGUUCAGUAGCAUCAUGAAGAUCUUCCAGGAGGAGGGACUCAGUGGCUUCUUUGUGGGUCUGGUGCCUCAUGUGUUGGGGGAGGUCCUCUUCCUGUGGUGUUGUAACCUGCUGGCUCACUUCAUCAACACCUAUGCAGUGGACGACAGCUUCAGCCAGGCCCCAGCUGUCAGGAGUUACACCAAGUUCGUCAUGGGGAUUGCCGUGAGUGUGUUGACGUACCCUUUCAUGUUGGUGGCUGAUCUGAUGGCGGUUAACAACUGCGGCUUGGCUGCUGGUGUCCCUCCAUACUCCCCCCUCUUCAAGUCCUGGGUACACUGCUGGAGUCACCUCACACAACAGAGUCAGUUGUUUCGAGGGUCCAGUUUCUUCUUCCGCCGAGUGCCUGUGACCGCCCUGCCUGUCGAGUAGCCACGCCCACUACAGACCCAGCUCUAUGUGAUGAUCCGUUUCCUGUUCCUGGUCCCCGCCCACACGAUGAUGCGUUUCUUGUUCCUGGCCCUGCCCAUGGCUGGAUCUCAAAUGGUGCACUUGUGCACUUCGGGCACUAUGUUUUAGUGCGUAACUAAUACGGCAUGCGCACUGAAACAUGAACACUAAAGUGCACAAGUGCACCAUUUGAGAUUCAGCCCAUAUGAUCAUAGGUACAUACAUGGGUUUGUCUGUUUUGAUUCUUUUUGAAUGCGUGCGCAGCCAGGAAUCCCAACAUGUUAAGUGGCUAACAUUGGAAGUUGCAUUGGACCAGUGUAGUGCGUGGUUAGAACCUGUUUUCUUAUCGGCUGGAUGUUGUAGCGGUUUCUGUACUCCUACCGACUCCAUUUUGGCAUAACAUAUCUUAACGUGAGUACAUCAGAAACGAUUCCUAUGCUUUGCAAAUGAAGUUGUAUCACACCAAUCACACGUGAGGACAACGUUUGAGUGACGGCCAAUCCAAACAAUCAGAGGCUGCCUUUGAUCGCGAAACCCCGCCUUGUCAACAGUGGCUAACACUUUCCAAUACAAUACAGCAUUAUUUGGGGGACAUGCCCAAGCAUUACCAGCGACAUGAUUGUAUUUUCUUCUAAACGGUGUCACCGGCUGACGGCUGUACAGCGUGCGAGCAAGUGGAUAAAACUGCCAGCCGACAAGACAACAGGUUCUUGUCAUACACUGUGCAGGGCUCCAAUGGGACUUCCAAUGAUAAACACCUAGCCACCUAGCAUUUUGAAAUCCCUGGCUGCGUGCGCACCCACCUGUGUGCAAAACAGCCAGAACCCAUGUAUAGCGAGUGCUUUGCAAUAUCCAGACUCCCACCCUCAGCCAGUGCUUGUGGCCUCGCGUUUUGCUAACGUCCCACCUCCGUGGAGAAAACAAUAGUUUCCACAUCAACUUUUGGGAGACUGUUCUUCAUUCACCAUCCCAAUUGCAAAUGAGAAAAUCAUAUUAGAAUUGCGCUUUUGCAGUAAGAUAUUGAAUUAAACUUCCGGCGUUGGUGACGUCAUCACGAGGCCACAAGCAAGCAAGUGAGGAAGGGAGUACAUUGGAAAGCCUUGCCCAUAUGAUCAUACAUAUCCUGUACAGCCCCAGUAAGAGCACACCCUCCCAGUGACAUUACGUGAACUCUCACCUUUUCACCUGUAGCAGUCGGACAGUUGACCCAAGGUGCUAAGCCUGACAUCGAAUGACUCCCUCCUCAUCACACACCAGUGUCUCUCCCCGCCACCCUCCCACCCCCAAUAAUACCCUUCUUCUCUCAGGAAUAACGCCCAUCUAAUGUGUCUAAACCUUUCUCCUCUCAUCCUCGCCACACUUCCCUGAACUUGUUCGUCUUUCUCUCCUUUCUUCUUUUCAUCUUCCCCUUCUUGUCAUCUUGGUCAGCCCAUAUCCUGCUGCCCUCCUCUCCUCCUCUCUUGUCCUUCCUGUUUUUAGAUGCGUCUAGCAUCUCUAUAAGAGGGUAUGUCAGUCAGUCGGGUGGUCGGUCGGUCGGUUGGUCUGUCCGUCUGAAACACUUUCUUUCAGUAGUUAUUCCCUCCUGUGUCCACAAGCCGGCAGUGUGUAGAUGGACGCAUCUUUGUCCGCCUGUCGGACUUGUUUCACUUCUCUCUCAUUUCUCUUUGUUCUCUUCUUCUCGCAUCUUUCCUCUCCAACCUGUGCCAUUUUUGAGUGUUCAUCUGUGUGUGUGUGUGUGUGUGUGUGUGUGUGUGUGUGUGUGUGUGUGUGUGUGUGUGUGUGUGUGUGUGUGUGUGUGUGUGUGUGUGUGUGUGUUCCCAGUGUCUUCUCCUACCAUAGUGCCAUACACCACCCACUACCCCACAGGGUCCCAAUAUCACCACACCGCCCACCCCUCUCAACUGGGCACCAUCCCCAACCCCCCCAUUCUCCCCCAUGUAGCAGGAUGGAUUCACUUCUGUUGCUGUAAGAUACUGUAGAUUUGUAAAAUGAGUUCACGUCACACACACACACACACACACACACACACACACACACACACACACACACACACACACACACACACACACACACACACACACACACAUACACACACACACACACACAGGGCCCAUGCAGACACAAUACACUCUCUAACUCGUGAUUGAUUGAUUUGCCACCCUUUGCACUAAUUUAUUUAAUCUUGUAGUAUAUAAUUAUAAUUAUCAUACUGAAUAGUAGCAAUUUUAUUUUCACAGCUUUAUUUUUGUACGUGUAUGUAGUUUUGAUCUAACAUUUCAUGACUUCAAGUUUCACCUUAAUGCCAAAUCCUUGGUUACUGUCCAUAGUUUGAGUUUUACUGUGUGUGUGCGUGCGUGUGUGUGUGUGCAUGCGCGCGCGUGUAUGUUGAGUUUUGUGUUCUCUCUACUUGUCUUCCUCUGAAUCCCAGAACAGGUCACUGUGGUUGUAGCUCUCAUUGCUUUUCCCAAAGUCCCACAUAAAGUAUUCCCAAUCCAAUUUGAAGUGAUUUUUCCCUCCAUAGAAUUCUUGUUGUGCAAUAUUUCCACCUUACUCCCUCUCGAAGAUCUACACAAAUAUUUAUAUUUACACACACGCACGCACACACACUUACACGCACACACACAUGCACACACACCUAGCCCUUAUCCUUCACCUAUCCCAUCCCCUUUCACAACUAACCAGAGCAGAUCCAAUGUUCCACAGGACUCGGUGAAGGAAGACUCACCAUGUGCUUCAAUCUUGACACAGGACUGAACUUGCUGACAUGACGCUGUGUGACAGUCAAUCAGUAAGACUCAUCCGUCAACCCUGUCUAUGACUGGUAACCUGGAUUGAUGACCAGGAACCAAGUAGACUCAGGCUGUUCUGGGUUCCCCCGACACAGGACUUCUAUGAUGAUGUGGUGGCGUAUGAGGUCAUCCACAGGUGUCACAUAAGGAUCGCUGACAUAAAACGACUGAUGACUGACAACGCGGGCUGAUGACUCCAUGGCCAGCAUGAGUGGAAGUCAAAGACUAAAGGCAGUUUGCUACCUUUAACUUUAAAUGUCGUACCCUACAUAAGACUUGCAUGAUGGUGACAUGGUGACAGAGGACGGCCACAUGUGGCGUUAGUAUUACAAAUGGAUAAUGACUGAGGACUGACUAUAGUGGCACAGUGUGAAUGCAAUAGAUUCCCUCCUAGCUGCAGUGUAGCAGUGUGACUCAAGCUAGCUUGCUCGCUAGCUAGAGUAACAGUGUGCCAUUGGCCUCCUCAAGAGGUCUCCAGACGUAUCCCUUUGCCCUAUCUGUACACAUACACACUCAUGCAUGAAUCCUGCUCAGCACGCAUCCUUUAUUAGGCCACUGCAUGUACUGUGACUAUGUGAGCGUGUGUGUGUGUGUGUGUGUGUGUGUGUGUGUGUGUGUGUGUGUGUGUGUGUGUGUGUGUGUGUGUGUGUGUGUGUGUGUGUGUGUGUGUGUGUGUGUGUGUGUGCGAAAGAGAGCGAGUGUGUAAGUGUGAGAGACUAAUCUUCUAAGCUGAGGUAAAUGAAAAGACUUUGUUGCCACAGUAUUCCUCAGAGUUAAAAAGUACUGUAUUGUUUAUUAUUCCUCUCGUUUUAUUUGUUUGUUUCUUUGGUUAUAUGUAACUGUGUUCAAGGCCUUUCCCCUUCUCACAUCAAACGUCACCUCCAAUGACCUCAAUGACCUUCACAUUCAUCUUUGUUGUCAUGUGGUGAUGUCAUAGGUCAAAGGUCACAUUACAUGUUGCCUGGUUCAUUCUCUGUGUGUGUCCUUGCCUUGUGUUGAGAUUUCAUAAAGACAAUAUUGACCUGA